ACGCGACAGCCCCGCGGAUAUAAGCGACACUGCGGAGCAGAAAGUAUCUACGACCUCACCGAAACCACAAAGAAGAAGAAGCAGUCGGUGCUUUCUUUUUUCACACUCGGAGGGAAAGACGGCAUCCGGCCUGAGAAGAAGCUCCGAGGUCGGGGACUCCGGUCGGACCAACGCGAAUCGUUUCUGGCCUCCCCUUCCUGAGAGCUCUGUGGAGAAGAUGAAAAGGUUCCGGCGACGUCUCUCUCAGACUCUUCGAGGCAGUCACACCAUCGACGAGUCCCUGUCAGAGCUGGCCGAGCAGAUAACGAUCGAGGAGAACGGCCUGAAGGACAGCGCAGAGCCCAUUGUGAGGAACGGCCGUCCUCCAUCAGCCCACAGUGUCCACUCAUUUCUUCACCAGUACACAGGCUCUUUUAAAAAGCCACCGCUCAGACGGCCUCAGAGCGUCAUCGGAGGAGGACUAGGCUCUCUCAUGGUCAUGCCUCGCAAUGGUAGUCGCCUUGAUAUCGUCCACGAGAACCUGAAGAUGGGGUCAGACGGAGAGAGCGACCAGGCAUCCGGGACUUCCUCUGAUGAGGUGCAGUCGCCCACGGGUGUUUGUCUGAGGAACAGAGGGAACAGACGCAUCUCUGCGGAGGACCUGAACAAACGUUUGUCCCUGCCAGCUGACAUCCGGAUACCUGACGGUUACCUGGAGAAGUUUCAAAUGAGCAGCCCACCCUUCGACCAGCCGCUGAGCCGACGCUCCCGCAGAGCAUCACUGUCAGAAAUUGGAUUUGGGAAGCUGGAGACCUACAUCAAACUGGACAAACUGGGGGAGGGCACGUAUGCUACUGUGUACAAGGGGCGGAGUAAGCUGACAGACAACCUCGUGGCGCUGAAAGAGAUCAGACUGGAGCACGAAGAAGGAGCACCGUGCACGGCUAUCCGAGAAGUGUCUCUACUGAAGGACCUGAAGCACGGCAACAUCGUGACGCUGCACGACAUCGUCCACACAGACAAGUCGCUCACACUGGUGUUUGAAUACCUGGACAAAGACCUUAAGCAGUACAUGGAUGACUGUGGGAACAUCCUGAGCAUGCAGAAUGUCAAGAUUUUCCUCUUCCAGAUCCUGCGAGGCUUGGCCUACUGUCACAGGCGGAAAGUUCUCCACAGAGACCUGAAGCCCCAAAAUCUGCUCAUCAAUGACAGAGGAGAACUAAAACUGGCUGACUUUGGCCUGGCGAGGGCGAAGUCUGUGCCCACUAAAACGUACUCUAACGAGGUGGUAACUCUUUGGUAUCGGCCCCCCGACGUGCUGCUCGGCUCCUCCGAGUACUCCACACAGAUCGACAUGUGGGGUGUGGGCUGUAUAUUCUAUGAGAUGGCUGCAGGCAGGCCGCUGUUCCCGGGCUCCACAGUGGAGGAUGAGCUGCACCUCAUCUUCAGGCUGCUAGGCACUCCUACAGAAGACAGCUGGCCUGGAAUAUCCUCCAUUGAUGAGUUCAAGUCCUACAAGUUCCACAAGUACAAAGCACAGUCCCUCAUUAAUCAUGCCCCCAGGUUGGACAAUGAUGGAAUCGACCUGCUGAUGUCAUUCCUAAAGUAUGAAUCGAAGAAGAGGAUCUCUGCUGAUGAAGCAAUGAGGCAGCCAUACUUCAGGAGCCUGGGGCCACGUGUGCACACGCUGCCAGAGACCGUAUCCAUAUUCACACUGAAGGAGGUGCAGCUGCAGAGAGAUCCCGGCUAUCGGAACUCAUCAUACCCCGAAUCAGGCAAUGGAAAAAGCAGAAGACAAAGCAUGCUGUUUUAAAAUCUCUGGACUGGAUACAGUUAUUUGGGAACGAUAUACUGGCUGUACAGUCUUGCCGCUGGAUCAGAACGCGGAGAUGAGAGUUGGCGUGGAAUGUCGUAGUCACCUUCAGUCCCCCUCCAGAAUUUUUUUUUUUUCUUUUUGGCGAGGUGGGGGGGCUUUCCACGGUCUGACCCCGUCCCAAGUUUAGUCUGAAACUGGCUCCAGAGAGACAUUUGUACACUGUACAUCUAUAUUUAUUGACAAGUGAAUUUGCUGCUAAAUCCAACUACUGUCUAGAAUUCUAACAGGCUCAGUCACUUUAAUGAGAACAUGCAAUGUGUAUAGAUUUUUUUGAAGUGGGUGAUAUAUAUUUUUUUUUAUUGGUCGUCGUUUCCAUUUUCAUACAUUAAAACUCCACCUCGAAGCUCCUGGACGACGUGUGGGUGUGUGAGGCACACAGACGGAGGGAGGUUUCUGUAGCAGCUCAAAGGGGUUUCAUAUUCUUGUCUCUGUUGCCAUGGUGCUGUACUCAGCUGCACAAAUCACAUGUGACCAUUUACUCUGAAGGUUUUUCCGAGGCCAGCUUUGAUAUAAUAACUAAUCAUUUUAUCCCAGCCGGAGAUUAAUGUGAGAUUUCUUUUUUGUUGUUGUUGUUGUUGACAUUAUUAUGUUUUUGCACACAAAACUUGGUAGAUCUGUGCAUUUAAAACAAACAACUUGCUGGCAUAUCAUUCCAGGGAUGCUCCGGUCUCUGACGUGACCAAUGAACAAAUGCAGUAGAGAGAGGAGGGAAAGAGCAACACAGAUUGUCAACUAGGGCAUUACAGGAAUAGUUACACCUACGAAAUACACUGAUCACCCUCCUGUCCUCGUUCUUUCUCCACUCUUACAAAGAGGAGCUGCAAAAAUGAGCUCCCACUGUUGGAAUCUGCAGUGCCCUGUUUGUGCAUUGUCCAUGGUUUACCUGUCUGCCAUUCCCAUCUCCCUCAUCUGUAAAAGUAGAUCUUUUUUUUUUUUCCUCUGUCAUUGUGGUGCAUGCCUGCUCUUUUCUAUGAGGAAGCACACAACAGCCACCGAACCCCUAAUUCAGGAAGCGUUAGCUAUAGUCCUGCCCUUAUUUAACAGUGUUACAAGACAUGUUUUGUAUGAUAUUCUUUAUUUGUGAAUAAUUUUUGUUGGUGUGGGAUUUCAUUGCAGAUGCCCUCCCAUAUUUCAGUUUUUUUUUCCAGAGUAAAGAAAAAAUAAAUCUAAAGGUUUAAA